AUGCUAGAACUAGUGCUCUCACCCAGUCUUACUGUAAACAGCACCUGUGUGGGUAAACUGAAGCUCACUGCUGACGCCGAUGUCCGGACUCUGAGUGGCACAGAAGGCAUCAUCGCAUCGGCCCUUCCACGCGUGUCCCAGCUCUUGGCAAAACCUUGCCCACGUGUCCUGUCCAGCCAGCCUCCCACAGCCAUGGCAGCCUACGGCCAGACACAGUACAGCACGGGGAUCCAACAGGCCACCCCCUACACAGCUUACCCACCUCCAGCACAAGCCUAUGGGAUACCUUCUUACAGCAUCAAGACAGAAGACAGCUUGAACCAUUCCCCCGGCCAGAGUGGAUUCCUCAGCUAUGGCUCCAGCUUCAGCACCCCACCCACCGGACAGAGCCCGUACACCUAUCAGAUGCACGGCACGGCAGGGAUCUAUCAAGGAGCGAACGGUCUGACCAGCGCUGCAGGCUUCGGAAGUGUGCACCAGGACUAUCCUUCCUACCCUGGCUUCCCUCAGAGCCAAUACUCCCAGUAUUACAGCUCAUCCUACAACCCUCCUUACGUCGCAGCCAGCAGCAUCUGUCCUUCCCCCAUCUCCACGUCCACCUAUGUCCUCCAGGAGGCAUCACACAACGUCCCCAGCCAGAGUUCUGAAUCGCUUCCAGGUGAAUAUAACACGCACAAUGGACCUUCCACGCCAGCCAAAGAGGGAGACACAGACAGGCCGCACCGGGCCUCCGACGGAAAGCUCCGAGGGCGUUCCAAGCGGAGCAGUGACCCCUCCCCAGCAGGGGACAACGAGAUCGAGCGUGUGUUCGUGUGGGACUUGGAUGAGACAAUAAUUAUUUUUCACUCCUUACUCACGGGGACUUUUGCAUCCAGAUACGGGAAGGACACCACGACGUCCGUGCGCAUCGGCCUGAUGAUGGAGGAGAUGAUCUUCAACCUCGCGGACACGCACCUGUUCUUCAAUGACCUGGAGGAUUGUGACCAGAUCCACGUCGAUGACGUCUCAUCCGAUGACAACGGCCAAGAUUUAAGCACGUACAACUUCUCCGCCGAUGGCUUCCACAGCUCGGCCCCGGGAGCCAACCUGUGCCUGGGCUCCGGCGUCCACGGCGGCGUGGACUGGAUGAGGAAGCUGGCCUUCCGCUACCGGCGGGUCAAGGAGAUGUACAACACCUACAAGAACAACGUGGGCGGCUUGAUAGGCGCUCCCAAAAGAGAGACCUGGCUGCAGCUCCGAGCCGAGCUGGAAGCUCUGACCGACCUCUGGCUGACCCACUCCCUGAAGGCACUGAACCUCAUCCAUUCCCGGCCCAACUGUGUCAACGUGCUGGUCACCACCACCCAACUGAUCCCCGCCCUGGCCAAAGUCCUGCUGUACGGACUGGGCUCCGUGUUUCCCAUCGAGAACAUCUACAGUGCAACCAAGACAGGGAAGGAGAGCUGCUUCGAGCGGAUAAUGCAGAGGUUCGGCAGGAAGGCCGUGUACAUCGUGAUCGGGGACGGGGUCGAAGAGGAGCAGGGAGCGAAAAAGCACAACAUGCCUUUCUGGCGGGUAUCCUGCCACGCCGACCUGGAGGCGCUGAGGCACGCCCUGGAGCUGGAGUAUUUAUAG